GUAAGAAGUGCAUAUUUUAUUUAAAUAAUUAGUCAUAUUUAUUAUCCUAGAACAUAAUAUCCCACGCAAAAAUUAUGUGCAGAUAAUCUGCAUAUGGGAGUAGCAAAAAAAAUACUCGCAACUUACCAAAGAAAACGUGUGAAGCACCAACAAUGUUCUUAAAAUCUUCAGAGUUAGAUUUUACUCUCAAAAGAAGACUUCUUCUUUGGUGAGAACGUAAAAAUUUGAACUCACUAUAACAUAAUAGUUUUCUUACGUUGUUGAAAAUAUUGCACUAAUGAACACUGGUUGCGAAAUUGUCAAUAUAAACAAAUUGGACAGAUAAAUUAAAUCUUAGGAUGUUGAAUACGCUUAGAACUUAUACUGAUCAACAAAGACAUGAUUAUGUAUUAAAAAAAUAUAUUCUUAAUAGUCAAACUUCAAAUCAAAAACGUGAUAUCGAUAUAAUUCGAGAGGGUCACCGUUUUCUAUGGGAUGACGAGUCUAAACCGCAAUCAUGGGAAGAGCGACUGGUGCGAAAAUAUUACAACAAAUUAUUUAAAGAAUAUUGUAUUGGUGAUUUAACGUAUUAUAAAAAUAAUAAAAUUGGUUUGCGUUGGCGUACAGAGUCUGAGGUAAUAUCUGGAAAGGGUCAAUUUCAAUGCGCCUGUGUAAAAUGUGAGGAACGUACAGAAUUGCGUACUUGGGAAGUAAACUUUGCUUACUUGGAAAGAGGUGAGAAGAAAAACACAUUGAUUAAGAUUCGCCUGUGUCCUCAGCACUCAACACAACUUAAUUACACAACGCGAAAGCGAGAAAUAAAACGAUUUAAGCGUACCGAAUCACAUAAAAAGAAAAAAAAGAAAUCCAAAGAUAACUCAAAACAUGACAAUGAGAACUUUAAAUCACACAAAGUUAGGCACCAUGAUAUCAAUGAAGAAAAUCAUAGUGUUAAGACUUCAGCGACCGUUGAGAACACAAAUUUGGAAACCAAAAAGGAUGAAGAAAACGACAGUGGAAACGAAAUUUGGUCUAAAAAACUAGAAAUUUUAGAAGAACCUUCACUUGUAACUGAAUUUGAACGUUUUUUGGAAGAUAUGAUAUUCUAAACUGUAGUUAAUUUAUUUGAUUUACUAUAAAAGUGUUAAAAAUUAAAAAAGUGUUGCACACAUAUCCAAUAAAAAAAACUAAUA